AGGGAGAUUGUUGUGAGGGACACAAAUAGAUUUCAUCAUUUCAGUAGUGGAUCUUGUUCCUGUGGAGAUUACUGGUGAUUCUGCCAAGAUGUAGUGCGUUUAUGAAUCUACAAGGCCGUGGGUUGAUUCAGUAACAGCCAACAGGAACCUUUUUAUGGACUGAUAAAGGGCAAACUAUUUCUGCUUGAUUGUCUCUGUUGACAGAGCAAACCGCAAGCAUGCUGCGGCCCUGAAGAUCAUUUGGCAUCCUUCAUGAGGGAUGGACUCCAGAAGACAUGUGCUUUCAUCCUUAUAACGCAAUCACUAAAAUUUCGCAGGUUGCUAAAACAGCAUCAUUGUCUGCAUGAUUCCUGGGACAAAAGUAGACCUCCAUUUGGAGGCACGAUCUCCGACUGGAAACACACUUCAGAUGGCUUUAUUUUCCAGGAGCUCGACAUCGCGACGUCGACGUACGGGCGCUCUCCUUCGUCGUCUCGAUCAGGCCGACCUCUCGUCUCAGCGCCCUCAGCCUGCAUGGAUCGGCGGCCGGAGGGCGGCAGGGCGAGGAAGCGCGCGCGGGAGGAGCCGGACCAGGCGGCGGACUUCCCCUUCGACGAGGCGGCGGCGGCCGCCGACGCCGGGGAGGCGUGGCGGAGGCCGCCGGGCGUGUUCCAGUUCCCCUGGCAGAAGUGCCGCGGCGGGCUCGGCGUGGCCGGCGGCGGCGGCUGGGAGCUGCGGGACGUCUUCUUCCACUCCCUCGUCGACGGCGGCGCCGCGGCCAUCGGCGUGCCGGGCGACCGCCUCGUCUCGCCGCCGCCGCCCAGCAAGCAGCGCGCGCUCUUCGACGACGUCGACGCCUGGCUCGCCGCCGCCGCCGACGGCGAGGUCGACCCCGUCUGGCGGUCGGCGAUCAGGGGCGCCGGGCCCUCCGCGUCGGCGGUGUGACGAGACAGACGAUGCAUGGCGUGGGCCGUGGAGGGCCCCCGUCGCCGGUGGCCCCGCCUGACAUUCAGUGCGCGGCGCCGCCUGGCCCAUCGGCCUCGUGAAGCUGGCCUGGCCGCCUGGGUUGGCACGGGCCUGUUGAUGAUCACGAUCAAUUUGCUCCUGUAUAUAUGAUGAUUGCUGCCAAUAAUUAUUUACUCUCUCUUCAUUUUUAAGCAUCACUUUAAUAAUCACAAGUGUUGUUUCCAAAUAGUUACACAUCCUCUCUCAAGCCUCUAGGUAAAAAUUUCGAAAACACAUACAUAUCCAUCUGAAACCUACUCAUUUCCCGUAUUUAAAUAUCAUGUUUUAGAUGACAGUCUUAUUCUCUUUUUUUUGGCAAAUAAAUUCUUGCAUUACUCGAGGUUUAAAGAUGUCAGUCUUAUCAUAUGGUUACAUUAGGAAAAAGUUGAAUACAUCACACAUGUUGAUAGGUUA